GAACAGCGAUAACUAGGGCGGAAGUGCUCCCAGCGGAAGUGAUCGCUGCGCAAAGCGUGGGUGGGAUGGCCGCGGGCCGGCACUUUCUACGUGGGCUUCGAGCAGCCUUGAGUUCCAUGGCUCAGACCGCGCCCCAGGGUGCGCCCUCUUCUAGGGGGCUGCACGCGGGCCGCGGACCCCGAAGGCUCUCCAUCGAAGGCAACAUUGCUGUGGGAAAGUCCACCUUUGUGAAGUUACUCAUGAAAACUUACCCCAAGUGGCACAUAGCUACAGAACCUGUAGCAACAUGGCAGGAUGUCCAGGCUGCUGGCACCCAAAAAGCCUGCAGUACCCAAAGUCUUGGGAACUUGCUGGACAUGAUGUACCGGGAGCCAGCACGAUGGUCCUACACAUUCCAGACAUACUCCUUUAUGAGCCGCCUGAAGGUACAGCUGGAGCCCUUCCCAGAGAACCUCUUACAGUCUGGGAAGCCGGUGCAGAUCUUUGAGAGGUCUGUGUACAGUGACAGGUAUAUCUUUGCAAAGAAUCUCUUUGAAAAUGGUUCCAUCAGUGACAUCGAAUGGCAUAUCUAUCAGGACUGGCAUUCAUUUCUCCUGCGGCAGUUUGCCAGCCAGCUCACGUUACAUGGCUUCAUCUACCUCCAGGCUACUCCCCAGGUUUGUUUGGAGAGACUGUGCCGAAGGGCCAGAGAGGAAGAGAAAGGAAUUGAACUGGCCUACCUGGAGCAGCUUCACAGUCAACACGAAGCCUGGCUUACUCAAAAGACGACCGAGCUCCACUUUGAGGCUCUGCUGAACAUUCCAGUGCUGGUGUUGGAUGUCAAUGAUGAUUUUUCUGAAGACGUGACCAAGCAAGAAGAACUCAUGAGAAAGGUAAACAGCUUUAUAAGGAAUCUGUAACCAAAGCCAAGAUGUUGCAGCUGUGAUCUGGGCACUUUAAUUUUCUGAAGCUAGAAAAAUGUUGAGUCUUCCACCUACCUUCCCAUCCCCAGCCCCUUUUACCCCCAGCACUCGGAACGGCCUCUGCUGCCUUUCACUGUAACGUUGUCUUCUUUUAUAUCUCAAGGACUUUGACAAUAAAGUUUGUUUUCCCUGUUUUCCUAA